AUGCUCUUAUCGCCUCAACAAGAAUCAAAAUUUUCUGCUGCGCUCUCGAAGAGGUUUGAGAAUGAAGGUGUUCAUUCAUUUUUGGAAAACUUCGAAGCAGUUGCACAGAAACAUGAACAACGACGACAGAAGAUCAAAAAAGAGGGAGAAAUUGAGGUCGAGAAAAGUCCUCUGGAAUUUCGCUUAACAUUUGGUGAACGACCGAAAGGUUUAACACAAAGUGAAUUUGAAUUACUUUAUAUCGAAACUUUAUAUACCAUCAAACACAAAAUUGGUACAACGACAUCGAAGCACAGUGGAGGAGAGAACGAUUUGUACGCAUAUGCUCAAGAAGCAUUUGGAUUAUCAAAUGAAGAUCAUCAACGUUUAUUAGCCAAAGCAAAUGAAGAAAAACCACCUAUAUUGAUUUUAAAUGUUGAAAUAGUCGAAGCGAAAGACUUAGAGGCCAAAGAUACAAACGGAUUUUCUGAUCCAUAUUGUAUGUUGGGCAUCGUUCCGGAAAUCCGUAAGUUUGUGAUACCACAGCAAGGCACAAGUGGCGUAUCAUCGGAUGAAGAAGGAGCGAAUGCAAACUCUCCUAAUGACCACAAACUUGGUUUUAUGAAGCGUUUGAAAAGUUUUCGCAAAUCCACAAUUCGUCGAGCACAAGGUCGGGAGAAAACAACGUCGACAACGGGCUCGAGUCCGCAUAAUGUUCUAAAAGAUAAACUUCCAGCGAAAUAUAUUCAAACGACUGAUGUGAAGAAAGCGACGCUAAAUCCAGUUUGGAUGGAGAAAUUUCGUUUCGAUAUCGAAAGUGGAAAAACUGAAACAUUUCAUUUGGAUAUUUGGGAUCACGAUGAUGAAUUCUCCGUGUUUGAAGCGGCAAAGAAAUUGAAUGAAGUGCAAGGUUUUAAAGGACUCAAUCGAUAUUUCAAACAAAUUGCUCAAUCUGCACGAACGAAUUGUUCGACCGAAGGUUCCCAUAUAGACGAUUUCUUGGGUUCUGUGAACUUGAAAAUCAGCGAAAUUCCGUCAAUUGGCAUCGACAAAUGGUUUUCCUUGGAAGGCCGGAGUGAAAACUCGAAAGUUCGUGGUCAAAUUCACAUUCGAGCGAAAUUAACAACCCGAGAAGACCGAGGAAUCCCCGAAGAAGAUAAUUGGACAGAUAUUAAACAACAUGUUGAACUUUUACAAAUAUUUAUCGAACAUGAAUUAAACAAAUUCAAGGGAGAGAAAAAUCAUUGGACUGGCGAACUAUCGCGUGAUGCUGAAACAAUUUUGCAUCAACAUGCGAUCCAAGGCGAUAUUACCGAUACUCAGCGGUCGAUGUGUCGUUGGAUCGCGUAUUCAAAGAAACAUUUGCAACGUCCGUUGACGAAUAAAUUAUUACUCUCUGUUACGGAACAAUUAGAACGAACAUGGAAGUCAACAGCAUUGACUCGAGAUGAAACUGAUAUGCUAACCGAAGCGUUUACCUUGUUUCUCAAUCAUUGUUUCAAACAAUUGACGAGAAUUCGAGAAUUAUUUCCAGCGAAUAAUAAAAUCGCCAUUGAACGAUUGGAACAGCUCUUAACAAUCAUUGCUAAAUUACACAGUAUGGAAGUAUUUCGGUAUUGCUGUCCGUUUCAAAAUAAUCUUCAGUAUGAAUUGACAUCGGUUAUCAAAACAGGAACAAUCGAAUGGUUCGAUCGAAUGGUUUCACAAAUAACAAAGCCGAGAUUACGAUCUGACGAAGAUAUUCUAAGAAACACAAGUGAAUUGGUUUAUGUUAUCAUCGCGGAUGCUUAUUCGGCUGUGAAAUAUUACAACCCAGUCUUUGAAUCGUAUGUUUAUAAUUGCGAUUUAGAUUUUAUUUUUGAUGAUUUUGGUGGCUUUAGGACGACUAAAAUGACGUUUUAUAACAUUUCAUUCAAGAAGAUCGACGGAAAGCUAAUGGAUAUUGUUAUCAAAGCCUUGGAAGAGGAGCUCGGUGAUCAAAUUCAUCAAUCUCCAGCGAAGCUACUAGAAAACAAGGAACCGGAUUCCUUAGACGCUUCGACAUUUGCUUCAUCAGCCGAACAAAUCAGUUUAGCAUUGUUUGAACUCUAUCUUUCACUUCACGAAUUAGCCAAAUACAAAAUCUACGUCAAUGAAACCGAUCGAGUUAAUCUGAAAAUCAUUCAGUAUCAUAUGUAUUUCGGUGCAGCCGUAAAGAAAUGGUUAUCCGUUGCUCGAAAUAAAAUUCUCCAUCGAAUCGAACGUUCGGUUGAAAAAGACAAAGCCGAAGGCACUGGAACAUCCACGUGCAAUGUCAAAUUCACAAGUUCAUCACUCGAUGUUUCCAAUUGUUUCAGUCAAAUAUCACAAUUCUGGCGAAGAUUAGCUUGGCCGGAUAUCAUCAGUUCAAUAACAUAUUUAAUUAAAAUUACCGAAGAUAUGGCGAAUGCAACACGUUUAUAUGCAACAUUAGUAGAAGGAAAACUAAACGCAAGGAAGUUUUACGAAACCAAUGAUUUAUCCUAUUACAUUCAAGAACUUUCUUUAACCGUCAAUGAUACGGAACGAAUUCGCGAGUCGUUUAAGACUUUGCCGAUUGAAUUAUCUUAUGAUAAAUUGUUAGUCGCAGCAGAGAAAUUCCAUCCGAUUACAGUUGUGGAUGAAUAUCGUAAGAAAAUCGAAACAACAGUCGCUAUGUGCAGUCAGGAAAUCACUGAUCGUAUUUAUCAAAUUUUGAGCAAAGUCGUGACAAAUAUCGAAAUGGAUUUGAAACAACAUCUGUUUCACAUUAUCGAAGCACCUGAACUCGUUUCGUCUCAAGAAACAGUUCAGCCACUUUUCGCGUUUCUCGACACCCGAACUGCACCGUACCGUGAAUAUCUCAUCAAACAAAAUUUUACCAGAUUAUUGGAACUCAUCUGGUCGGUUCUUAUUGAUCAACUUUUAUCUGAAAUUGAAAAAAUAUCAACACCGCGAUCUAUUGCGUCUUAUGUACGUUUGACAAAAGCUCUUGAUUCCAUCGUUGAUUAUUUCAACGCUGAAGAACAAUGUUUAGCAAAAGAAGCACUGAAAACUGAUAAAUACAAAUUAAUCAAAAAAUUACUGAAAUAUCAUUCCACUGAUACACAUUCUUUGAUUAAGUUAUACUAUCAAGAGAAAGUUCAAGAACAAGAACGAGCUGGUAUUAAUAAUCAGCCGGCGCAUUUAACAGAUUUAGGGAAACUUUAUUGUCGAGCAUAUUAUCAUUUGAAAGAAGAAACUCUAUACGUCGAAAUACUUUCGUGUAAAAAUCUUAAACCUUGUGACUCGAAUGGUUUAAGUGAUCCGUAUGUGGAAGUUCAAUUAUGUCCGAAAUUUUUAUAUCCUCAUAUCGAAACACAGCAAACAGUGAUUGUGAAAAAGACGUUGAAUCCGUUGUUCAACGAGAAAUUCGAAUUUCGUUUAACUGAGAAAGAAUGUAAUCUGUCCGGUGGUGUUAUUCAUUUUACCGUCAUGGAUCAUGAUUUAAUGUGGUCAAACGAUUUCGAAGGUGAAGCUUUUCUCGACAUGUCCAAAGUAAUUGGCAUUCCGAAUGAAUCAAAUAGUGAAAAUCGACCAUUGGAUGAAUUGAGACAGAUCGAACUUGCUUUGACACACCCGAAAGCUAUUCGAAGUCGUAUUAUUGAAAUCUUGGAAAUACGUACAUCGGACAAGGUAGCCGCGGAAUUUGUCCGGCGACGACGCGAAACCGAAAAUCAAUAA